AGAAAAUAUCAGCAUGAGGUCUCGGUAGUCAAGCUUCCUGGACACAAAGUUUACUUAAUAAGUUUGAUAGCAGACUCAAUCUCAUCCACACAGUCUGUAACCGCUGAAUGUCAACCCACGAACUUCCCCAUUUUGACAUCCAGAUGACGUCAGUACGGAGGUCCGCUUAUUUUUCUCUCCGCUGGAAGGGCGGAUUUGUUGGGCAAUUCUGGAUUGAAAAAAACCUUAAUUAGAGUAAUUAUCGGUCUUACCCGUGGUUGAAAAGAUUUUGUUUUACACGCAGAAAGGUUUUAUUUCUUACUCCUUUCUGUAUUUAUCAGUAACAUAAACUGAGAAAGACAACAUGUCAGUCUUUCAUGACGAAGUUGAGAUCGAAGAUUUUGAAUAUGACGAAGAAACUGAGACCUACUUUUACCCCUGCCCGUGUGGGGACAGGUUCGCUAUUACCAAAGAGGACUUAGAAAAUGGUGAAGAAAUUGCUACAUGCCCAAGCUGCUCCUUGAUAGUACGUGUAAUAUAUGACAAAGACCAGUUUGCCACUGGAGAAGUAGUCGAAGCACCUGCUGCAAGCAAAUUGGAAGUACUGAAAAGUUGAUCAUAGCAAUAUGCACUUUUUUACUUGAAUAGAAUGAAUUUUAUGUUGAAGUUAUUACAAGGAGCCUUAAGUGUUUAAAAGGAGACUUUAUUCACUGUAAAUGGGUAUAACAGAAAAUAUGUAGUUUUACUACAUUGCAGCACAGGUGAUGGUGAAUAUGAUGAGCAUUGUGGGUCAGCAUAUGUCAAGUAAGCUGUAGGUUUGUUAAACUUUUGUGGUAAAAUGUUAGAAUGUUUCCCAACCCCACCAAAAUCAUCGCCUUGACAAAGAUAUGAAAUGUAUCCUAGCAUCGAAACAGGAUCAAAAGAUAAAUCUAUGAAGCACUCAGUAGUAAAUGUAUAAAAAAAAUGUAUGUCUGUGUAUGACUACUUUACAUGUGUAUUGUGAAAGUAUGUAGACAGGCAUUUGUAUUUUGACAAGUAUUAACUUUAUUUUCACUACCAAUUCCUUACUUUAUUAAUUUAGCUGUACCCUUUUUUUAAAUUCCAUUGGUGUUGAGGCCUGUACAGAGGAUGUGUCUGAACCUUUAGCGUUCUCAGUAUAUAUGUAUGUUAAAUGUCUCUGUCAGAAAAACAAAAAUGUAAAAAAGGUGACAUUAUUCAUGAAGAUUUUUAAGAUUACUGAUGCAUUACUGAUGCAGGAGAUUCAUACAGUGAAUGGAAAAUAACCAAAGGCAGGCAUCAGUCCCCCAGUCUGAUCUUUUUCCAGUAUUCGGGUGUUCCUAGGUGCAUCUGGAUGCAGUAGUACAGCAUGGCCAGCUGGCCAUUAACUCUUUCCCUCCAGCAGAGCUCUUUUGAGUGUCUACCUUUAACUUCCAGUGGGUGUGGCUUCAGCCUUUAAAAAUGAAGUUAUCACCUUACAGUUCUAACAAAUACUUAUUGACAGAGGUCAUAUAUCA